GCCAUUCUUCUAAUGUGUGCCGGGGACAGAAGGAUUCAUUCGACGAUCAUCAUCUUCUGGAGAUCUCUUCUGGGAAUCGAGCUUCGCUGUUCAAUCGGCUAAAAAUGAUACAUUUCGUGCUACUAGUUAGUCGGCAAGGGAAAGUAAGGCUCACCAAGUGGUAUUCGCCUUAUACACAGAAGGAAAGAUCUAAGGUCAUACGCGAACUCAGCGGUGUGAUUCUGAACCGAGGUCCCAAGCUCUGCAAUUUUAUUGAAUGGAGAGGAUACAAGGUUGUCUACAAAAGAUAUGCAAGCUUGUAUUUCUGCAUGUGCAUUGAUGAGGCGGAUAACGAGUUAGAGGUACUGGAGAUAAUUCAUCACUACGUCGAGAUACUUGACCGUUACUUUGGCAGUGUGUGUGAACUCGAUUUGAUUUUUAACUUCCACAAGGCGUAUUAUAUACUCGAUGAGCUGUUGAUCGCUGGUGAACUUCAAGAGUCGAGCAAGAAAACAGUUGCAAGGAUAAUAUCAGCCCAGGAUCAAUUGGUGGAAGCUGCGAAAGAGGAGGCGAGUUCCAUAAGUAAUAUAAUUGCUCAGGCUACCAAGUAGAGUCUCUUUCUGAUCUUUACUUACGCACUUAAAACAAUCGUAAAUGAUUAAAUGUUUCCUUAUCUUCUGAGAGAUUAUCUUCUAAAUCACACUUUGUUUGUCAUGUCAUGUGUUUGUUUGAUUGACUAGAAGAAAGAAGUAUUCAUCGUUUUGGUUGUUAUAAGUAGUGAUUGUUAGUUUGUUACUGAUCUUUGCGUAUAAUAUGUCUUCACAUAUUAA